AAACGAUGACUUUGAUUUUUGGUGUUGCCGACUAGAGCAGAGAGCGACGCCUUCUCUGAAGAUACACAGACACACACCACAGAGUGAGAGAGAUCUCGACUUGGGCAUCAUCACCGUCCGAUCUCAUCCUCUAUUUCAAUUCAAGUAUUAUGAGACAUGUAAAGCAAUUGAAUUAUCAGCAGAGUGCUGGUAUGGGAACACAAGAGAUAAAGAAAGAUGCGGAUGCCAGCAAUUGGCAAUCUCAUUUGGCAUAUGAUCAGUGGGUAGCACUUCCUGUAUCUGGUUCACGACCACCAGCUCGCUACAAGCAUGCUGCUGUAGUAGUUGAUGAAAACUUAUAUAUUGUCGGCGGGAGUCGUAAUGGGCGGUAUCUAUCUGAUGUUCAGGUCUUUGACUUUAGAAAUUUGUUAUGGUCAACUAUAAAACUGAAUGCAAAUUCCAAUAAUUUUGAAGAUAGUGGUUUACAGGAAGUUGUUCCACCCACUUCUUCUCACAAUCUGGUGAAGUGGGGAAACAAACUUCUUCUGCUUGGUGGGAAUUCAAAGAAAUUGUCUGAUAAAAUAAUAGUGUGGUUCAUCGAUUUGGAAACACACCUCUGUGGCGUCAUGGAGACUUCAGGAAAAGUUCCGGCAGCUCGUGCAGGGCAGUCAACUACACUGGUUGGCUCUAGAUUGAUAAUGUUCGGUGGAGAAGACAGGAGCAGGAAAUUGUUGAACGAUGUCAAUGUUCUUGAUUUAGAGACUAUGACUUGGGAUGUGAUGGAGACAUCGCAGACUCCUCCAGCUCCCAGAUUUGAUCACACAGCAGCAGUACAUGCAGAACGUUACCUUCUAAUUUUUGGUGGCUGUUCACAUGCUAGUUUCUUCAAUGAUCUUCAUGUUCUGGACUUGCAAGCUAUGGAGUGGUCCCAGCCACAAAUUCAGGGUGAUCUUGUAACUCCUAGGGCAGGUCAUGCGGGUAUAACUAUUGAUGAAAACUGGUAUAUAGUUGGCGGUGGAGAUAACAAAAAUGGUUGCCCAGAAACCCUGGCCUUAAAUAUGUCUAAGCUAGUUUGGUCAGUGUCAACAAUUGUAAAGCAAAGGGAUCCACUUGCCAGUGAGGGUCUCACUGUCUGCUCCGUGAAUAUUGAUGGAAAGAAGCAUUUGGUUGCCUUUGGUGGCUAUAAUGGGAACUAUAGCAACGAGGUUUUUGUUAUGAGACCCAAACCAAAUGACUCUUCACAACGAAAGAUAUUCCAGUCACCAGCGGCUGCUGCAGCAGCAGCUUCUGUCACUGCUGCCUAUGCCUUGACUAAAUCAGAAAAAUUGAAUUUCACAACAGUACAGUCGAACUCCAAGGGAGCUGAAAAUCAUCGUUCUGAACAAGAUUUCACAAUUGACAUAGAAGCCCUGAGAGAAGAGAAAGGUGUUCUGGAAUUGUCUCUUUCCGAAGUCAGGAAAGAAAAUGCUAGGGUCAGCCAGGAGAUAGAUGAAGUCAACAAUACUCACAGUGAGUUGUCCAAGGAACUGCAGUCAGUCCAAGGGCAACUUGUAGCUGAGAGAUCAAGAUGCUUUAAAUUGGAGGCUCAAAUCAGUGAACUACAGAAGAUACUAGAAUCAGUGCAGUCCAUUGAGGAUGAGGUACAGGCACUUCGCGGACAGAAAUCUGCAAUGGAACGGGAUAUGGAGCUUGCUUCAUCUGUUCAGAGACAAGGUUCUGGUGGUGUCUGGAGAUGGAUUGCUGGUAGUGGUGGCAACGCAUAAAACUUGCUCAAAAGAGCCAAGAUAGGAGUCAUAGCCCAAAUAUUGACACGGGAAUCAACUGUGUCACAGGCUCCCAAGAGGCCGUGCUGGAGCUCAGCAGUUGGCAUGUUGGAAGAACAUAAAUGUUGAAGUGUUUGGCGACAUUGACGAUGGGGGAUUUCUCACUUGAACACCACAGGUCACAGUGAUGAGAAUUAGAGUCUAAGCGGAUGACUAUAUAUUUACAUGGUGAUAGUUUAAAAUCCGCAAUCAAUUACAUGAUCAUUUUUUUUAAUCCUCAUAUUCUUAUUCUUGUUAUGUAUGAUAUUGAUUUGUUCGUUGGAUUCGCAUGAUAUAGUGGUUCAAAGUACUUGGAUUCUGCGACCCUCACUGGACAUCAAAUUAAUGAUAUUCAUAUUUUCCAGAGACAA